CCGGGCUGACUCAACCUUCAGCUCCGGCUUCUCACUCAUCCAGCCGUCCUGCACCUCUUCACCUGGCUCCACCGGUGACAGCACCGUCUUUAACCGAGUCAUGGGUAUCAUCGGCGGGCAGCAUCUCACGGUGUAGUCAGGAGGAUUCGUUGCCCCGUCAGAGAACCAUGGAGCCAGACGUGAUCCGCAUGUACUCUUCCUCUCCGCCGCCGAUGGAGGACGGCGCCGAGGAAGACGACGACGAGUUCGGAGACUUCGGCACUUUCUCCUCCGGCGUCCCGACGAGCAUCAGCUUCACCGAGUUCGACACGCCGACCACUUUUAACCAGACGCAGGCUUUGGUCGCCACUUCCCCGCCCGAGAUCAUCAACAGCCGGGUGGCGGCGGGGGGGGUGAUCGGCUCGUCUAACGGCACCCACGCCCCCCAAAACGAGCUGUCCAAGGCUAACGGCCACGUGGGCGGCGCUCCUCCCUCAGAUAGGACUGACGUUAAAAAGGCGGUGGUGUCCGGCGGCUCCGUGGUGGAUCUGCCGGUGAGCAACGGCGGCGGCACAGAGGUGCUUACCAACGGGUUCGCCACCUUCGACGUUCAGGGAAGCCCCCCCCCCUCCUCCUCGCAGAAUUCUGUCCACUCUCAUUUAAAAGGAACGUCCAGCGAGGGUGGCGGCGGUGGCGGCACCGAGGACGACUUUGCAGACUUUGCUGCUUUUUCCAACGCUGAAGGACGCAGCGGCCAGACGGCGAGCGAGCUCUCGGACUCGGACUCGGUCGGUCCCGCGGGGGGCGACUGCCAGCCAGCUGCCCCCCGCGGCGAGGACGAGCGCUGUAAUUCAGAGCAGGGAACAACUUCAGAGGACGGUGUGACGGACACGCACAGAUCUGGACCCGACUCCGACUCCGAGUCCAGAUCUGUAACCGCCGCCGAGGCUCCGGGCGGCUCGUGCAACACGGACCGGGGCUCUCGCUCUCACGCGGACGCCGACUCUCACGAAAGGGACGUAGUAGCCUUUGCACACGAGCGCUCGGAGUCGGAGGCGGUUUGCACUAAAGUGGCUCUCGCCCUGAACGGGGUUGCCGACGGCGAUGAGUCCAAAGACGGCGGCGAAAACGACCUCUCUCCCGACGCCGGCGAAGGCGAGGUGGAGGCGGCGCGGUCGGAGGGGAAGGGCUCGGGGAACGACACCGAGACCGAGACGGAGACGGAGACGUCGUUCGGCCGGCCGCUGUCCACGGACGCUCUGGAGGAGUUCGGAGACAUGAGCACCACGGGUUCGGUGCCGUCGCCUCCGCCGCUCCAGGAGGAAACCGCCACGCCCGCCGACCACAGCCAGCUGGCGGAGGACGACGAGGACGAGGACUUCGGGGAUUUCGGGGACGUCGGCUCCUUCGGGGGUCAGGGCUUCGCUGAUUUUGAGAAGCUGGAGGCGCAGCAGCAGGAGGAGGAAGAGAGCCGGCGGCACAGCUCUCCGCUUCCUCCGGAGCAGGAAGCCGCCGCCGCCGCUGCAGAGGAGGAGGACGAUUUCGGCGACUUUAACUCCCCCAAGUUUAACAGCUCUGCAGCCGACGGGGACGACGGAGGCAAAUUCGCCGACUUUCCCGUCAGCGACAGUUUUGGGAAUUUCAGCUCAGCCGUGGAGGAGGGGGAGGGGCAGGAGAGCGGCGGGUGGAGCGCCUUCGGAGAGCCCGACCAGCAGCAGGAAGGAGAGAAGGAGGGAGCGGAGGAGGAGUCCUGGGCUGCGUUCGGCUCGGAGGAGAACGCUGCUCCUCCUGCUGCCGGCGGAGACGAGGAGUGGUGUGAGAGUGAAGCUCCGAGUGUCAGCGAGCAGAGCAGCUGGACGGACGCACAGGCGGCGGCGCUGUCGUCCCGUCUGGAGAAACUGUUCCUCAGCAGUUUCCCUCAGACUGACGCCGCCUCCGUAGAGGACGACGUUAUGUCUCUGAUGAUCCUGCUCGACCCGCCGGGAGGAAGAGGAGGAGAAGAGGAGGAGAAGAGGAGGCCGCCAUGCAACAGAGCUUUUGGCGGCAGCGUUUGGCUGCAGCUUCAGGACAUCCACGAGUCGCUGGGCCUCAGAUAUCAGUGGGGAGGCUCCUACUGCAACAAAGCUCUGCUCUGCUGCCUCGGCAUCGACACCAGAAACAUCCUGUUUACGGGACAAAAGAAGCAGCCGGUCAUCGUACCGAUGUACGCAGCCAGUCUGGGGAUGCUGGAGCCGACCAAAGAGCCGGUGAAGCCCGUCUCUGCAGCAGAGAUGAUCGCCUCCAUAGCUCAGGCUCCUCCGGUUGCUCCAGAGAAAAGCUCCUCAGACACAGACUCAGUCCAGCAGGAGUCGCUCCCACCCGUCCAGUUCGACUGGAGCAGCAGUGGCCUUACCAACCCUCUGGACG